GUGACACCCGGGGUGUUUUAUUUGCUACAGCUAUCAGAGUAUAUUGGGGGAUAACAUUAUGUCACCUAGGUAGCGACAUAUAGGGGGAUUUGUGCAGCUUAAAUGUCUGAAUAUGACUUUAGCAUGCAAGCUAAUGUUAGCUAGGUCAACUGGCUAGCCUUUGCUAUGACAACAAUCAGGCUAUAAUUGCAAUAUAAACACUCAAAUGUGUUUGCUCGUGUUAUUUUACAAGAAUAUAAAUGUAAACAAAGUCGUUGUGAGUACCAACAUAGCCUUAAAGUCAUACACUUCGACAUCCCCGUGUACCUUUUGUUAGCGGACUGGCUAAUGUUGCUAAGUUUGCUAACACGAUCUUGUCCAGCCCUUUCGCUUGACUUGACUCGCCUUAAGAGCUAGCACUUUGUCUAGGAUACUAGUGAUAUUGAAGAGGCCACUAUGCAACCGCUUCUCUCUUUUGGGUGAUAUUACUGUGUUAAAUAAGUUAAAAUAAGCAAGAAAACGCAAGUUCCAGAGUGCCAUUUACCUGCCAUGUUGAGAAUCGGCUCGGGCUCUGCGGGCUGCCGUCCCGUGUGGGCUGUCACCAGCGCUCAGCUGUCAGUCAAACAACGCAGCAAAGCGCUUCCUGAAUGUACUUCCUGAUUGCCGAAUGUAGCAGCUAAUCGAUUGUCGGCUUUUACGACAGUGGUUCAGCUUAUCAGCUUAAACAUAAAGUCAACAUAACUCGGCAUUUAAACUUGGGCCUUUGUGUUAGCACAGUAUCUCCAGACAAAAAAAGGGGGAGCUGCGGGAGUCAUGUGACCGCGCAUUUCAAGAUGGAGACUGCUACUUUCGCUGCUUAGCUUACUCCGCUGUUUACAAUCAUCACAACAUGGGAUGCAGCCUUUUUAACGCUCUCACUAACAAUUCCGCUUUAAUGUCACAUUUUGUAUUGCCGUGAAGUGAAACUAUAUACUUAAACACUCCGUCUUGUGGUAAAAUAUUCAAGAUAAUUUAACUAGAGGGAGAAAGUGUUGAAAACGUAGAAAACUGCCAAUGGUCGCCUCAAUGUAAACCAGGAAGCAGCAAUGGCGUUAAGAGAGUUAAAAGUUUGUCUUCUGGGGGACACUGGUGUUGGCAAGUCAAGUAUUGUGUGGAGAUUUGUGGAGGACAGCUUUGACCCAAACAUCAACCCAACUAUAGGAGCUUCUUUUAUGACCAAGACGGUGCAAUACCAAAACGAGCUGCACAAGUUCCUGAUAUGGGACACGGCAGGACAGGAGCGGUUCCGAGCUCUGGCGCCAAUGUACUACAGAGGUUCUGCAGCGGCCAUCAUUGUUUAUGACAUCACAAAAGAGGAGUCCUUCCAGACUUUGAAGAACUGGGUGAAGGAGCUGCGUCAGCAUGGUCCUCCUAAUAUUGUAGUGGCCAUUGCCGGCAACAAAUGUGAUCUCUCGGACGCCAGGGAAGUCUUGGAGAAGGACGCCAAGGACUAUGCCGACUCCAUCCAUGCCAUAUUUGUAGAGACCAGUGCCAAGAAUGCCAUUAACAUCAACGAGGUGUUUAUAGAGAUAAGUAAGCGCAUCCCAGUUGCAGACGCGGCGGGGGCAAUGUCUGGAAAAAGUUUCAAACUGGGGCGGCAAGCGUCAGAGUCUCGCAGGAUGUGCUGCUGAUGAUGUCGGUGACUUAUUCCCAAGUUUCCCCUGAUCUUUGCCUAACCUCAUUCUUUUGUCCUUUUUCAGUGUACAGCUAUCGCACACAAGCAUGCAAUUUAAAAAAAAAAAAGGUGGUGGAAGUGAAAGGUGAAAGCUUAAAAGUUGAUGGAAACAAUUUAGGUGACAAAAAUUAGAAUCUUUAUACAUUUUUUUAUAGUGUCUAAGUUAUUGUCUUUAAUAACUGUUUAAACCCAGUGUGUGCAAUCAGUAAUUUAUCAUUAUUGAUUCCUAUUGUUAGGAAAAGGUGGUGUAAGCUACAAAUACAAACAAAUAAUUAAAGAUAUAAGGCAACCGAUGACAUUUUUAUAUUAUACAGAGUUCUUAUGUUGUGUUUUAUAUCUGCAUUUAACCUGUAUGGACAUUUUGUGAUGAGAAACCGGCGGUCUCUGACCAUUACAUGCUAAGUCUGUAUGUGGUCUUCGCCGCUUUGCUUGCACUUUGUAAUUGUUUAAACACUUGAUACUUUAUUUUGGUGCAGUGAGGAAAAAAAAUUAAGAAGCUGACGUGGCGCUACGUCAACAUACUUUGACUUCUGGGCGAACCUCUGCCUUCUGUCUGUUUUCACUUAUCGCUCACACUUGAUUCUAAUCUCUGUCACUUGUUCUUCUUUAUUCCUCGUGACUUCAGGCACUCACUUUAGGGGACAUCUCAUCUUGUAUCGGUAGUCCGCUCAUACUUGUUGAACUUGAUGAGAAGCUCGAUUGUAUGCAACUUCAUGUUCCUUCCUGCUUUUUAUGAUGCAACAGUUGUCGCUAUGACAGAGAGGAGAGACUGGUGAAUAGUGCAAGGACAUUUUCUGAUGUCCUUUGUUGGUCGUUUAACAGUACAUUACAGCAACGCACACUUGUGUUGACUCUUAUUUCCUCUUGAAUUAUUUGUUAUACCGUUUGCAUGUUUCUAAUGGACAUGAAGGACAAAGUGCCAUGUUGCAAGCUUCUUUACUAAGCCAUGCAUACCUAAUUAACACUUCUGAUUGCAGGUGUAUUAUAAUGGUGGAAAAUUGUUGGAAGUCUUGAUUGUGCAGGGUGGUUUUUUAACACAAAACAGUUCCCUGUAAUUCCGAGGAAUUAUAAGUUGUGUGCCAGUUUUGCAGUAAUUGAAAUGCCAAUAGUCUUGGGCUGGCCCUGGGAAUGUGAUUGGUCAAUGUUAUGUAUAUUUUACAGCGUUAUAUGACAUAACACUGCACAAAAAUCCAUGACUAUAUUCUGUAUUAAUUGAAACAAUUAAAUGAUGUGUAACAUCUACAUACUCGGUCAUAUUAGCACUGUGGUGGAUUUAUUUAGCUUUUUAAUAUGUUUCAUAAUGAAUGCCUGUGAAAGCACUUGUUGUAUUUCCAGAUGUAUAAAAAGGGAAUUGUCAGUUUCCUUACUAAUAAAAGAUUGACUGUUUUUUUUC